AAUCAGCGUCGAGAUUGUUAAACUUGGAAGUUGAUGUUUGGUAUUUCGGUUUGAAAAGAUGUCGCUGCAGCGGAGCAUCGGCAGUUUGGAGUACAUGAAAAAAAGGAUCCCGAAAAACGAAAAGUAUCAACAUGUCAAAACGAGGCUGGACACAGGAUCCAGCCUUUCAAAGUAUCUGGAAAGACUGGAAGAUAUUAAAAAAAAUUACAGGUAUCGAAAAGAUGAAAUCUUCAAGCGGUUAAAGGUGACAACGUUUGCACAGUUGAUCCUCCAGGUCGCCUCUGUAUCAGAUCUGAAUGAGAGUGACAUUGACAGCGGAUCACACGGUCCAGAAGACGGUCUGUCCGUGGUGUCUGAUGCGGAUCUCGAGAGUCUUUCUGAACACACCAACGGCUCCCAGCAGGCUUCACCGCUCUCAGAUCACCAGGAUGCAGGAGACAACAGUGAGAUCUGCUACACCGCCAGGUCAACACUGCUGAGUGUGAUCAGCGGUGUGGGAGAGCUGAACCUGGACAGGAACCAUCAGAAGACAGAGAGUGAGUCGGUGCUGAGCCCCGAGCCGGCCGACCGGCCGUACCCCGACAGCCCCUACCUGCUGCUGGACGUACGGGACCGCGACGACUACGACCGCUGCCACAUCAUCAGCGCGCACAGUUUCCCCAUCGCCAUGCUGUCUCGGACUAUGAACCCCUACACCAAAGACGUGCUGGAAUAUAAAAACUCAGCAGGGAAGAUCAUCAUCAUGUACGAUGAGGACGAGAGGAUAGCGAGCCAGGCGGCCACCGUCAUGUGUGAACGAGGGUUUGAGAAUCUGUUUAUGUUGUCUGGAGGUCUGAAGGUGAUCGCUCAGAGGUUUCCGGAAGGUUUGACGACGGGCUCCAUCCCGACGUCCUGCCUGUCGUCUCCCACGUCAUCGAAGGGGAAGAAGAGCUCCGCGCCGACACACGCAGCAGAGAAGAGGUGGAGGUUCACAGCAGACGAGCUGACAAAGAUCCAGGAGCAGCUGGAGGAGAUCCUCAUCCCCAGCAACUCCAGCAGCCGUAUGUCCAGCCGCAUGUCGUCCAGCAGCUCCCAGUCCAAAGCGUCCAGCGCUCGGAGUCGACAGAGUUCAUCUACAGCGGGGAGAGACAGCGCCAGAGUCCAGAGCAGCAGACCCUGGAAAUAACACACACACACACACACACACUCACUCUCAACCACACUGACAUACACAAACAGACAUACCUCCAACACAAAGUCAAUUUAUUUCAGGUCACAUUUUCUCGUCUCUGGUCCCCAGGAAAGGAAAUAUUACAGCAACUUACAGCUGCAUCUCAGUAAAUUAGAAUAUAAUUGAAAAGUCCAUUACUUCCAGUAGUUCAAGUCAAAUAGCUCCAACCAAGUAUUGAGUCAUAUAGAUGGACAUACUUUUCAGAGGCCAAUAUUUUCAUAUUAAACAUACUUUUUAAAACUGGUCAUUUGUAAUAUCAACAUUUUUUUGAGACGGUGAAUUUUAGGUCUUCAUUAAAUGUAAGCCAUAAUCAUUAUAAUUAGAAGAAAUUAAAUAAAUUAAGACGUGAAAUGUUUCAUUCUGUGUGUAAUUCAGUUCAGUUUAGCUUUUUUAUUUUUCAAACAUGUGCGAGUAACACAACAAAGUCAACUCAAAAACAAACAAAUCCAAUGAGAAUAAUCAAAACAAAUAUAGCAAUAGUCAAAACAAAAACCUAUAAUGUGAAUGCAACAUGUCCGUAAACGAGUAGGAUGAAGCAUAAUAUGCUUAUUUAAACCUACCACUACUCAAUUAACGUUUUUUUUCCUAAACAUACAUAUUUACAUAAUACAUAUUUACAAAAAAAUAGAAAAUAAAUAGAUUAAAUAAACAAAUACAUAAAUAAUUUGUCAUUUAAAGCCCUUCUUCCUCCCUGUACCUAUAUAAUCUGGAUCUAUAUAAUGUGUCAUUUCCACUUUUUUAAUUGAAUUACUGACAUAAAUAAACUUUUCUAUGAUAUUCUGUUUUACUGAGAUGCACCUGUAUAUAUGUAUAUACAUGCACAAAUAUAAACAUACAUUUCUGACGCCCCUACCUCUAAUGUGGAUUUUGGGAAUGAAACACACACUUUGGGAGAGUAAUAAACGCUGGUCAACAGUAUGAAAUUAAAAGAAAUUUCAUGUUGGUGUAAAACUUAUUCUUCAUCUUCACCUGUCGAACUGAAGUAUUUUCCCCUCUAAUGCUGUUUUUUUAAUUUUAAAUAUUUAAUAAGUGGUGUAUAUUUGAAUGUUUGCACAGUGCCUCAUCUGUGAAGGGAGAAAACUGACGGAUCUUUUUGCACUCAAAUUAAUUUUCCCAUUAAUAUCCAGCUAAUGAACCUGUAUAGUAAAUCACCUAAUUCUGUGAAUAAUCUGCUCAAAAAAUAUUAUGUCCCCCAAAAAAAUCACGUCAGUUCUUAAAUGGCAUUCCUAAAAGACUUACUUUAUUUUUGCGAUUUAUGUGAUGUUGAUAUGAAGGAUCUGCUGUGUUUUACAUGAGAUGUAAUUAAUAUAAAUACUGUUACAGAGCUUGUGAAAUUAAGAAAAAGCUGUGCUGUAUUUUUGUAAUUUUCUCCAUAAUGUGACGUACGUUAACGGCCUUUAUGAACCUUUUUAUCUGCUUCUGCUCUUACUGACUGUGGUUUUCUUUUUUAGUGUGUGUUUGGAUUUAAGUACUGUAACUUGUGAUCACACUAACUGAUUAGUUGAGGCCUUCACACACAGUUAAACUUUAACAGAACCACAGUGUCACUAAAAGAAGGGAAUGACUGUAACUAAACUACCAGCAGCACUUCAUUUGAAACAGUAUUGCUCAUUUUUGUCCUUUUUUGUUGUGACUUAUUUCAUGUUUUUGGUCAGUUUUCUCUGGUUACACUCACACAAUCUGCUCUGAAGUGCAUUAAUGGAAACUUGGACGACUCCACGGCCUUUUAUUUGUGAUUUCAGUCCGUCUUAACUCACAUUAACGAUCUGAUCACAUUAUUUUGUUUGCAAAUGAAUGUUAAAUAAAGUGUCUAAUUGUUUGCUGUA